AUGCGGCGCUUUCGGACCGUCUUCAGGACAUCCAGAUCUGAUAAUCCGAACACUCGACCGCGUGCGCAGCGUCGUGCCUCUGAUGCCGAGGCAUUGAAACCCCAGCCUGAGACCAUCUCGCAGGAAACUCGACAUGAUAACUCCCCAGGCAAAGAUUUGAAUGUUUUGACUAGUGGGCCAAAGCCCCCGGAAGCGACUUCGGUUACUUCUGUUGGUGGAUGUACUGAUGACGGUCAGCCGGCUCCUCUGGAGCCUGAGCAUACUCCCCUGCGGUCCAAGUAUGGCACGAAGCGUUUGAAGAGGAUCGUUGCACACUUCCGUCCGAGUCUCUCUCACGAGGAAGAUCCUUUUGAGGAGACAGUUCAAACUGCUGAUGCCCUAACUGACAACGCUGAACCCACUGUUCCUGACAACGCAAACCCAAUUUCCAAUCCGUUCGAACAGGAAGAGGUCCCUCCCGCGCAGGAUAGCCCUGGAAAAUAUGUGCGUUUUGAUGAUAAUCCUCAGGUUGUUGGAGAUGGUGAGCGGAAGGUCAGCACCCAGACGAAUGAGUCGCAAGAUACCAGUCAGACUGAAGACACCAUUUGUCGACACCCUCUCGAUCCUGACCUUAUCCCAACCCCAACUCGGCUUUCCUUGGAUGAGUGGUCAUGGCCAGGACUCCUGUAUCACCCCGAGGAUGGCACCCACAUUCGUGAAGGAUCCGACCCGUUCUCAGAUGGAAAGAAUACCGAGCCUCAGCUGGGACAACCUUCGUCCUCCAAGCGGACUGAUCGAAGCCGAGACCAUUCGAAAACUUCUGAGAACUCCCUUGGUCCCAUUCUUGAGGAUGAAGUCGACAAGAUCGAGGCUGCUCCCGUUCUGGAGAGAAAGACCUCCAUGAUCAGCAAUCUCACUUGGAUGAGGGAGCCCUGUCAGCUUGAGCCAACCAGAGCCACUGUCGCUUUGAACCAGUUGAUUACUCGCUUCGAGAUCCACAUGCCCAAGGCGCUCUCGGAAACUGAAGGUGGUUCACCGGAACUGCCCGAGGAGCCAGGCAACGGCCGACGUGGUUUCCGAUUGAUGGGUCGUGUUCGAAAGGUCCGAUCUAGUCUGGCGGCGGAUGCAAGACCUCAGGCUCCCAAACUGCGACGCAUAAAGACCUUUGCAGUCCUGCAUCGCUCGGUUCCGAUGACUUCGUUGCAAGGACGAUCGGUUGAAACUUUGGCACGUCUCGGAGGGCAUGCGUUCCUCAUGUUGGCGGAUUUGGCUCCUUUUCCCUUGCAGUUGCCAGCAUGCAUUGUGGCAACCGUGAUGUUUCUGCAUAGAUACGGUGCGAAUGUGUCGGGCAUUUUCACCAACCCGGGUGAUUUGAAGGCCGCCACUCGCAUGUAUGAUAAUUUCGCUUCCCAGGUGCUCUCUGCUGAGAAAGAAGAAGCCAAGAUCUCCAUGACCAUGCGCAUCGUGUCCAUGCCGCAACUGAAUCGAGACUCUGCGCCGAUUUUGAGCGUGGCCUGGACCCUGAAGGCUUUGUUGGCGGGUCUUCGCUACGGGAUCCUCGGGAGCGUCCGACUGUACCAGACUUUGAGCGACAUCAACCUUGCUACCAUCCCAGAACAAGCUGACAAUUUUCAUGUGCCAGACUGCCUUUCAAAGUUGGAUUCGCGCUCUGCACUGCGUGUGCAGUUGAUUGCCCUUGCGGUGAUUGCGUUGACAAACGAGAUGGAGCGCGAGCUUAUCUGCGCAGUCUUCGGGCUACUCACCAAGCUGAAUCAUGUACCGGAGGCUAAGCCCGGGACUGAGGUCCGGGCAGUGGCGGUGGAUCUUGGUCUAGAGCGGGUGUUUGGACCGCUACUCCUCGGGACCAGGGGGCAAGAGAACCGAGACGGCGUGCCGGUGCAUAUCGUGGAACAGGAGAUCGAGGAACAACGUGUGGCAAAGCUGUUAAUUGAGCAUUGGGGCUUUGUAAACCGCCAGCUGCGAGAGUGGGCCAAGGGAGAGCUUUACAGAGGUUAG